AACAGGGGCGGUCGCUCCGCGCUGCCCGUGCGGCGCGCUGCCUCAGCCGCUCUUCAGCGACGCUCCCUGGCUGCGGGGAGCUGCGGGGCCGGGGCCUGGUAUGGCGGCGCUGCGGCCCCGCGACUGAGCGCUGCGGCCGGCGGGGCCCGUGGCGGGGCAAGGCUGUGGCCAGCGAGGUGCUGCUGCGGGUGACGAAGCCUUCCCGGAUCCUUCCCAUCAGUUCCUGCUCUUGUUGCUGAGGGAUUUUGCUGGUGAUUUCCUCAGGAACGGGACAGUUCCUCACAUCCUUGCUGUAGGGCUUAGCUGUUGGACAGCAUGGGCAUCGUGCUGUCUGGCUGAUGGCUCUGCUGCCCUAUCUGAUCACACUGGAUGUUCUGUGGUGUUCUGUGUGCUCUGUCUUGGGAGGAAGAGCAGGACACCAGCACCCAGCUGUAGCGAGCAGCCUGGUGGAGAAGGAAGGCAGGAUGUUCCAGUCCGUGAUGCCUCUGAGAUUCUCCGUGUCUGACAACAUCACCCAUUCAACUGCCUUGGUGACAGCACUGGAUAAUGUGACAAGCUUGUCCCCAACCACAACGCAGGCAAUCAACGACACCAACAUCACUGUGCCGCACAAGUGCCUGUUGUUGCUCUAUGAGGACAUCGGGAAGUCCAGAGUCCGCUACUGGGAUCUGCUGCUCCUGGUGCCCAAUGUGCUUUUCUUUAUGUUCCUUCUCUGGAAGCUGCCCUCUGCCAGGGCCAAAAUCCGGGUCACUUCCAGCCCAAUCUUCACUACAUUCUACAUACUAGUAUUUGUGGUGGCUCUAGUUGGCAUUGCCCGUGCUGUUGUCUCCAUGACUGUGAGUGCCUCUGAUGCUGCCACAGUUGCUGAUAAGAUCCUGUGGGAGAUCACAAGGUUCUUCCUUCUGGCGAUUGAACUGAGUGUGGUGAUUCUAGGUCUUGCCUUUGGUCACCUGGAGAGCAAGUCGAGUGUGAAACGUGUUCUGGCAAUCACUACAGUGCUGUCCCUGGCUUAUUCUGUCACCCAGGGCACCCUGGAAAUCCUGUACCCUGAUGCCCACCUCUCAGCAGAGGACUUCAACAUCUAUGGCCACGGAGGGAGACACUUCUGGCUUGCCAGCUCCUGUUUCUUCUUUCUGGUCUAUUCCUUGGUGGUGAUUCUUCCAAAGACUCCUCUGAAAGACCGGAUUUCCUUGCCCUCCAGGAAGAGCUUUUAUGUCUAUGCUGGAAUCCUGGCGCUGCUGAACCUGGUGCAGGGCCUGGGCAGUGCCCUCCUCUGUGUGGAUAUCAUAGAAGGACUGUGCUGUGUUGAUGCUACCACGUUCCUUUACUUCAGCUUCUUUGCACCUCUCAUCUACGUGGCAUUCCUGAAAGGCUUCUUUGGGUCUGAACCGAAGAUCCUCUUCUCCUACAAGUGUCAGGUGGAUGAACCUGAGGACGUGGACGUGCACCUUCCCCACCCUUACGCUGUUGCCAAGAAGGAAGGGCUGGAUUCUGGCUUCUACUCGAGCACUCAGAUCGACACCGCAGCCUACAUGGAUGACAUGGCCUCGCUGCCCUACCACGUGGGCAGCGUCAACAGCAUAGACAGUGACCGCUGGAAAGCCAUCAACGCCUGAGCAGGGCCGCCUCGUCCCUCUCCUUCCUGACCCCCUCAUACCACAGCUGUUAGGAUGUCCAUUGGAAACCUGUCCUUGGCUAUCUGCCAUGGCUUUCCUCUCUUCCUUAGGAUUUCCAAAACCUAUUGUGGAACUAAGCUGGCAGCCCAAAUCCUGCUGGAAAGAACAUUGACUGUCGCUACUUGAGAACAAUGUAGAACAGUUGUGUUCAUAAACCUAUAAACACUGAACCUUCCUGAUCCUCCGUGUUCCAGAUGUGAAUGUGACUCAGAAGACAAGGCCUGACUGGCACCUAUUCCUUUUCAAUGACUGAAAGCACGUGUCUGGGGAAUGGUGUUUUAGGGAUGAGGGUGUUGAUUUCACUGCUGUAUUGUACAUAUGUAGAAAGAGUUUGGUGCUUGGAACCAAAGAUGGUCUUCCUGGGCUGUUUCAAGCAACGUGGUUGCCUGGGUCUGGUUAUGAUGCUACGGUGGGGAUAGUGUCUGAGGAGGGAAGCUGCUCAGCUGGGCUCACCUCUGCUUUCAGCCAGUACUGAUGGAAAUCAUGAACUGCAGUUGCUAGGGGUUAAAAGGAGUGUUCUGAGUGGCAAGAAGAGAGGUAUGAGGAGGAUGGAGCUGUUCUUUGUGCCCUGGGAGCGUUCUGUGGGGCUGGUAACUGGCGGCAUGGUGUGAAGUGGUUGAGCAGUAGAGAGGCAGAAGGACAGACGGCUGCUGUCUAGCUGAGCUGAAUGAGCUGUGAACUGGUCUGUGGAGGCUGCAGUAGUGUGCAGCUGAGCUCACAGGAAAACCUGAGAAACAACACUGAAUCAGGGCCGAGUUUCAAGACUAAAACCUGUGAGGUCGGUGCAUUUCCCAUCUGUGCCCUGCUUCAGGGCUCUGGCAGCGCCCUGCAGAGUGCUGUGGAGGAGGAAGCUGACUCUGCAGAUGAAGGCUCCAGAGAUGUUUAGGUGCUUGAGGCAGAGCAGAGCCCAUGAUGAGUCCAAGCUGUCGGUGUUAGUGACUGGAAACUCGAACACCAUAGAUGUGCUAAGCUGGGAGGCAAGUGGGAGAUGAUGUUUCUCCUUCUCUUGUGUUGCAGUUCAGAUCCCCAGACUUCUGCUUGUCCGAUAGGUUGUAUGGCUUGAUAUGUUGAAAAUACUUAUGUGCAUGUGGAGUGUGGUUCAUUUAAA